UUUACUCUGAAGGGGCGUCGCUGCGGGCGGAAGUGGCGCUCGUCUGUCAUGGCUGCGAGUGUGCAUCUGAAUCACUAGGCAAACUUUCGGUUUCUUCUGGGAACGCAGUGAGCAUGGCGACGUUUUUCGGCGAGGUGCUGUCGGUGUAUUCUCGGGCUGUGGAGGAAGACGAAGAGGAGCUUGAGGAGAACGAGGAGGACGAACAAAUCCGCAGAGAGCUGGAGGAAAAGAGGGAGGUUCAUCUGCACUGGAGCCCUGAAGUCUCAGAUUCACUCAAGUCUGGAAACAAGUUGCCGUGUUCUGAGUUCAUCCUCGCUGUGGGACACAACGCUGCCAGGUUUCUGUCAGUGUACGUUCUCACCUCUGCAAACUGGGACACAGUGGGUCAUGCAUCAGUGUGGAACGAGAGGAGCCAAGCUGGACAAACCAGCAAGGAUUCAGCAUGUGUUUUCUACAGACACAAGGAGAACCCAUCAGUUUUGAUAUGCCAAGUGACUUCCUACAUCGCAGAAGACCAGCUUUUUCAGUGGACAGAAAAGGUUUUUGAUUGUCUUGAGCACAGAGAGCUGAACGUGACAGUGUUAUCAGAUAGCUCUGUGGCUGAUUACAAGACAGCAGACUAUCUGUGCACCAGCUCCGCUCCCUUCCUGCGCUCUCUCCACACCGGUACAUUCAGUGGUCAGCCGGUCUGCCAAUCACUGGAGCAGCCCAACAUAAUAACUGGGCUUCCAGCUGCAGUACUGAACCACAGCCAGGUCCACCGCAUCGCCACUGUCGUUUACCAGUGUUACAGUGACGUCAUCGGCCCUGACUCUGUCACCAUGGAGACCUACAAGCCUGCACUAACCAAGCUUGGGAAGUCCAUACAGUUGGACUCGUCUCCGAAUACAGAUGUCCUCCGCAAGUUUAUCAAAACCACUGACAUUCAGAGUAAUCUCUAUAUCUGAAAAUGUUGCACACUGAGUGGUGCAAUUAAAGUAUGUUUUCCUCUGAUAAAAUACUGUCAUUUUCUAAAAUAAAGAAAAAAUAAAUA